AUGGACCUCUCACCGAAAAAGACGUCGAGUCUUGAAAAAGGCAUUGCCUGCCAGCCUGUCGUGCAGGAUCGGGAUGUCGGCCAGGGAGAGGUCAUUGAGGUCGGAGACGGCGAGUACCGCAGAAACUUUUCUUACAGACAAAUCCAUGUCAUCUCCCUCGGCGGCCAAAUCGGGGCUGGCCUCUUCAUCUCGACCGGCAAAAACCUGAGUCAUGGAGGUCCAGGUGGCCUCUUGCUCGGCUUCCUCGUCGUCUGCUCCUGCGUCUGGGCACUGCACCAGACCCUCGGCGAGAUGACCAUUGGCUUCCCCGUCUCGGGCAAUUUUAUUGAUUUCGCCGACCGCUUUGUCGACCCCGCCUUUUCCUUUUCUGCCGGCUUCUCCAUGUGGCUCGGCUGGACGUCGGUCAUUGCGGCCGAAGCUGUCUUCUUCACCACCAUUGUCAACUACUGGGCUGAAGGUAGCGUACCGGAAGCUGCCUGGCUGACCAUCUUCCUCGUCCUCUUGUUCGUUCUGUUCUGCCUGCCCAACACAGCCUUUGGCUGGUUCGAAUACAUUGCAGCCAUUCUCAAGUUCGUGGCGCUUAUCAUCUUUCUCAUCACGGGCCUCUGCCUCAUUCUCGGCGCCGGCCCCAGCGGACACAAAGCCGACGGUAAGGUUUGGACGACAGAUCUGGCUUUUCGAAACGGAUUCAAGGGUUUUGGACAAAGCACCCUGCUGGCCAUUCUCGCAAUUGGAGACAACACGUUUACCGGCUUCUUGGCUGGCGAGACAGGAAACCCACGAUACUCCGUUGCACAUGCUGCCUUUCUGAUCCCCAUCCGCGUCACCGCAUUCUACAUCACGUCCGUCGUCUUCAUCGGUUUGCUCAUCUCGCCAACAAACAGCCAGCUCUUCGGCAACAAGGGCGUUACAGCAUCCCCGUUCGUCAUUGCCAUCAAGCAGGCCGGAAUCACUGGUCUGCCAGACUUCCUCAAUGCCAUUAUCGUCAUUGCUGUGGCCUCCAUUGCCGCGGAGAGCUUCUUCAUUGCCUCUCGCAUUCUUCGCUCCAUGGCCCAUCAGCGUCUGAUCCCUGGCAUCUUGGCACGAGUCGAUGCCAAGGGCCGUCCCAUGCCGGCCUUGCUCUUGACCACUGCCAUGACUAUUUUGAUGACCUACAUCAACCUUAGCGCUGGGGGUACCGUCGUUUUUGACUGGCUCUCCCAGAUUGCCAGCACCGGCUAUUUCAUGGUCUGGUUCUUUAUUGCCGUCACGUCUUUUCGAUUCCGAGCUGCCCUCAAAGCACAGAAUGACCCGUUGCUCAGUGAGGCGUACGCCUGGAAGUGUGCGUUGUGGCCACUCCCUCCCAUAUGGCUGCUGAUCUGCUGCUGUUUGUUCAUGGCCUGCUCUCUUUACCUGGCAUUGUAUCCGAUCGGCUCAAACACGGUGUCGGCGCACUACUUCUUCCAAUAUAUGUUCGGCACAGUUCUCAUUCUUUUCUGUGGUAUUGCAUACAAGGCAAUCCUUCGUACGAAGCUGCGAGAUCCGAAGACUGCAGAUCUGCAGACCGGACGCCGGCCGUUGAGCACUGCUGAAAUCGUUGACUUAGACGAGUACGAAAAGCUUUCACGAUGGAGGAAGCUCUAUUCUUUCAUCCAGGUGUGGUGA